CCAUCAACGAAUGACGCACCAACGGCCACCCGAACAGCUUCCAGCACCCUCAAGACCCAUCCAUUCUCUUGUACAUAUAUAUAUAUAUUAUAUACUUCCCCGGAGCUUUCGUUCAAACCUUUAAAUCCACGCAUUGGCCAGAUUCUCAUACACCCGCCCCUAUAACAGAGAGACGACUACCUUUUAUCACAUUUACGCACAUAAUCAUGUCUUUCAUCAUGAGAGCUUCUACUAGAGCAGCUGCUGCCGUGCGCCGCAUGGCCACACCGGCACAAGCACGCUGCUUCUCAGUCUCGAGUUCUCAAUUCCUAAAAGAGACAGCUGGGGACAACCGAAACCAAGGCGAAGCCUACGAGCGCGCCAAACAAGAGCAGCUCCGCCUUAAAAAAGAGGGCAAGAACGAGUGGAAUCCCGACCUCGCCUCCGCGAGCGAGGAGAACGUGCAUGCGGACCGUGAUUAUCCGGAUAUUGAUAUCAAGGAGCUGCAGAGGGAGGCGAAGGAGAGGGCGGAGAGGGAGGCGAGGGAGGCGAAGUCGGGAAAGACCGAGGAUCCGGUGUCGAGGAUUAAGAGUUGAGGGACUGGGAAGAGUGGAUAAAGGAAUGGAGGCAUGAUGAUGAGAUGAUACUGUACAAAACAAUGGGGUCAUGAACACAUUGCACAAAAAUGAAGGUUGAUAGCAUGGAAUAAUAUGUAUUUAACUCCAUGUGACAAAUAAUUAG